AACCUCAUUCAAGUUUUGAGUGUCGGAGAGAGCGCAUGUAUUGAUCAGUGCGAGCGGACGGCAUCCUUUUGGGAUUACAAUCUGAAACUGUGUUUUUUUGAGUCCAUUGCGAGCCGUCAUCUAUAGGAGAAAACCGACCCAAAGAGGUCAAUAUAACAAUCGCUUUUAAGCGAAGACCCUUUUCUGGGAGCCUCCUUGAAGACCCAGGUGAAAUGGAUGGAUUUUAUGACCAGCAAGUACCUUUUAUGGUCCCACCUAAUCAGAAGUCAUUGCAAUUGGAGGAACCAUAUAUACGACCAGUUAAUGAGAGAAAAAGAAAAUUAGUGGAGACUGAACUCGCUCAGGACACAGAGGAACUUUUCCAGGACCUCAGCCAGCUGCAGGAGAUCUGGAUCGCAGAAGCUCAGGUGCCCGAUGACGAACAGUUUGUCCCAGAUUUCCAGUCGGAGAGCUUGAUGUUUCAUGGUCCGCCACUGGCUAAGAUCAAACGGGAACUGAGUCCCUCCAAAGAGCUCUCUCCCUGUAGCCAGGAUAGAAGUCCCAUGCCGUAUGGAGAGAAGUGCCUUUAUAGCUACAGUGCCUAUGAAAGGAAGCCCACAGCUGGGUUUAAGCCAUUGACUCCUCCCUCAACACCCGUUUCGCCAUGUGGCUCCGCCAACACUCUGGGGACACGUCCGCUGCAUGAACAGAGUCCUCCCCCUGUCUCCAACACGACAUUAGGACAGCGUCUCCUUCAUGGGCAGCCUUCAAUGACCAAGACGUCGCCUAGCCAGACAACACUCCCUCACCAUAGCCAGAGCCCACCUUUUGCAGUGCCCUGUCCACCCCUAAACCGUGAACCACACUUCAAUAAUGAACCUAGGUUUCAGCGGCAACUUUCAGAGCCUUGUCUUCCAUUCCCACCUUCUGACACCCAGGGAAGACCCAACUUCAUGCCACAGGUCACCAGCACUUCACCAAGAGAUGGAAGGCCACCUUACCAUCGGCAAAUGUCAGAGCCUCUGGUCCCCGUGCCUCCUCAGGGCUUCAAACAGGAGCUUCUAGACCCCCGUUACGCUGAACAAGGUGUUCCCAACAUGGGCCCAUCCCAGGCUGCCUUCCACCCAAUGGCCAUCAAGCAAGAGCCACGAGACUUCUGCUUUGACUCUGAAGUGCCUAAGUGUCAGUCUUCGUUUGGGAGAGCAGCAAGCUUCUACCAAAACCAUGAGAACUUCUCAUUUGACCGAGAUCAACAGUUGUAUUUCGACGACACCUGCGUGGUUCCCGAGAGACUUGAAGGGAAGGUAAAGCAAGAGCCCUCUGUUUAUCGGGACGGCCCACCAUACCAACGUCGUGGCUCCCUCCAGCUUUGGCAGUUUCUGGUUACGCUGUUGGAUGAUCCUGCCAAUGGCCAUUUUAUUGCCUGGACAGGACGUGGAAUGGAGUUCAAACUUAUUGAGCCAGAAGAGGUGGCCCGACGCUGGGGCAUCCAAAAGAACAGACCGGCCAUGAACUACGACAAGCUGAGUCGCUCACUUCGUUACUAUUAUGAGAAGGGAAUCAUGCAGAAGGUAAAGGUUGCUGGUGAGAGGUAUGUGUACAAAUUUGUGUGCGAUCCCGAGGCCCUCUUCUCCAUGGCCUUCCCAGACAACCAAAGGCCCAACCUUAAAGCAGACCCUGACGGCUUGCCCGGGGUGGACGACGACACUCUUCCGUUGGCGCACUAUGACGAGGGGGCUUCGUACUUGGUAGACGGUGGUGAGCAGUGUGUUGCUGGGAUGCCGUUCCCUGAUGCUUAUGUGUACUGAGGAUGAACAGUUGAUCUGACAAACACAUCUGUCCCUCUUGCCUCGACUCCUUUUGAACUGUUGCCCACUUUCAGAUUAACCCUCCCAAUCAUUAAAAAAGAAUGAGGAGAAAUCUGCAAGCCACCUUUUCUCUGGCGUCAGCCCACGAGGAGGUGAGGAAAGUUGGUUUCCCACGCUUAAACCUUCCUCGUGGCAAACGGUCUCUGCCGCAGAGAUGAAGAGCUUGAGUUGGAGCUGACCGGCACCGAAAGACUGACGGAUCUCACUGCAAGAAUUGUAGCAAUUCUGUUUUUGACAAUCUGCUUUUUAAAAAAAAGAAAAAUUGGUAACAAAUUAUUAAGAGACAUCCUCACAGAAAAAAAAAAAAACCUUAAAUGCAGCGCUAUUUAAUAGUUGCCUUUUUGGUCUCCAUUUAUUUUGUUUUACCUCCAAACUAUGUAGACAAGAAGUCAAAAGGGCUUUGUUUUGCAAGGAGGAAAAUAAAAAAAUGACCCAUUUGUUUCUUUAGAAAGCUGGCUUUUAUACACUUUUGUUGAACUAAUAUGGACCGCAUUAAUUAUGCUGAGGAAUACUGAACAUGUUCUUUUUGUAUCAUUGGUUUCGUUCUGAAUCCUUUGUCAAGUGUUAGUUUUAUAAAAACGUGUUUUUUUUUUGUUUUUUUUUCUUGCUGGUUAACCCAGGGGUUGUUGAUGUGAAGUUAAACCAGAGGCACUCCUAAAUAUAUUUAGUCAACUUCACAAGACUGUUAAACUUUUAAAUGUAUUUCUGUAUGCCUGUUUAUUAUUUAAUUUUACACUCCCCAAAAAGCCAAAAUUUUAAUUAGUUUAUAUAAUUGUUUUACUUUCAAAAAAGGGAUGCACUAGUCAGAAUUUCUCCAUGCUUUAGCGCAAGUAAAGGUCAAAAACUUUUAGACUCUUAGAGAUUUUUUUUUUUUUGGCAUCGUUCUAUAUUUUAAUGCACCAGGAAAGCAGGGCCUUGCAUGCAAUAAGGUACAAGAAAAAUACAUUUUCCUGGUCAGCUACUCAUUGCCAAUUUUAAGUUGACGAAAGACCACUGCUACCUUUUGCAUGACAUAUUCAAUGAUCAGUUGUCCACUAACAUAUCGCUUUAUGCUGGACAAAGAAUAAAUUGUGGAGUUCUCUGCAUUUGUAUUCUCUCUCUCUCUCUCUCUCUCCUUUUUUUUCUUUGGAAAGAUGAACUUAUAUAUUUUUGCAAAGUCUGCAUUUAUUUGAUUUUAUUGUAUAAGCUGUAUAGUUCUGCCUGUAACAGAUAUUUUAUGUAUGAUUUGGAUCCCUGCAUUGCAGUGUCUGCACACCAGUGGUUACCAGGCACCCUUUCCUGGUGGGUUCGAGAGCAGUGCCUUUAAAUGAGAGGUGCAGCUUAUAAAAUAACCGUUUUCUCAUCGAAUGAGGGGCUUGUCUCAACAUCCACCAUGGAAGGGUUGUCUGCACUUGUACAGGCUUAACCUUGUCCCCUCACAAUGUGUACCUUACACUGCUGAGUUUAUAAUCUGUACUGGGUACAAUAAACUGUUCAUUCUGCUUCA